CUUAUAGCAGUUUUUUUCUUGUGACUGACAAUGUCAGGCCGCGGCAAGCAGGGAGGUAAAGCGAGAGCCAAGGCAAAGUCUCGCUCCUCUCGGGCUGGGCUGCAGUUCCCAGUGGGUCGAGUGCAUCGGCUGCUCCGCAAAGGUAAUUAUGCUGAACGGGUGGGAGCUGGAGCUCCGGUCUAUAUGGCCGCGGUGCUGGAGUAUCUGACCGCUGAGAUUCUCGAGUUAGCCGGCAACGCUGCUCGGGACAACAAGAAAACCAGGAUCAUCCCCCGCCACCUGCAGCUCGCUAUCCGUAAUGAUGAGGAGCUCAAUAAACUCCUGGGGAAAGUAACGAUCGCUCAGGGGGGUGUCCUGCCCAACAUCCAGGCCGUGCUGCUGCCCAAGAAAACUGAGAGCCACAAGGCCAAGAGCAAGUGAAGGUAAUCGGGAAGAAACAAAAAUCUUCAGUCCAAAAGGAACCCAAAGGCUCUUUUCAGAGCCACCUGCAAAAUCAAAAAAGGGCUUGAUUAUCUGUUUCAAUCACACUUUUAAAACAACCCUAUUUUUUCUUCUUGGGAAUAAAUGAUUGAAUUGGAGUUACAGUAACUGGAAUAUAGGUAUCUGAAA